CUUUUUUUUUUUUUGCUUUAUUAUAGAGUUUUUUGUUUUCCACUUUCUUUUUGUUUUGUUUUUAAAUAAUAACAGUGUGGAAGAAGGAAGCAAGGAACUGUGGAUCGGAGUGAGACAAAGACAAAACGAGGGAGAAGAAGCCCAACAAAGCCAAAGACGACUUUUCUCUCUCUCUUCCAUUUCCCCCCUUUCCCUCUCCCUCUCUAUCCCUCUUUCAUUUUCCUCUUCCCCUUCGCCUCCCGAUCUCCUUCUCAAAUAGCCACGACGGCGCUGCUGCUGCUGUUGCAACAAUUUACUUUCCGGAGAGACCCCAUUUGAAGCGGAUCUUGCUUCCGUUCACACUCUCAAUGUUCACUCCCAUCCCCAACUUCAUCAGCCUCAAAGCAUUCCUCCACAUCUCCGGCAACGGCGGGACUGCCGGUGGCGGUGGCGGUCGGUUCCCCUGGGCACUGACCACGGUGGCGGGUUCCCACUCUGCUUCUUCGCCUGCUGCUGUUGUAGCCGUCACUGCCUUGGCGGGAAUCGCCGUCUUUGCCGCCAUCUUCUACACCACUAGUAGGUAAAAUCCCCAUUAAAAAACCCAGAUUCCCCCUCCCCUGAGAAUACAGCCGGCAGAGAGGAUUCGGUCUUUUUCUUCUAUUUCUUGAUUCAGUUCUUGUUGUGGCUGUAGAUUGUAACUUUCUAGGGUUUUAGAUUGUGAUUGUUAGUUGGGUAGUUUCAGAAAACUGACGCUUAUAGAAGGGGAAAGGAAAGGGGAAAAGGGAGAAACAAAAGAUUUCAGUUAUAUAUUUAAGUAGAUGAAAGCUCUGAGACGAAGUCAUACUUCGUCGGCGUCUUCAAAUACUCCUUCUCCGUCGUCGUCUGGUUCAGGAUCAUCGUCCUCCACCUGGAUUCAAUUGCGUUCGGUCCUAUUCGUUGUUAAUUCCUCCUCACAAGCACAUUACUCCCAUCUCGAUCGGGGGCGUCUCAAAUCACCAUGGUCCCGUAGGAAAAGAAAACAGGUCCUUACUCCUCAACAAUGGAGUAAUUUUUGUACACCAGAUGGGAAACUACGUGGUGGUGGAGCCAAGUUUUUGAAGAAAGUUCGAAGCGGAGGUGUUGAACCAAGUAUUAGACCAGAGGUCUGGCCAUUUCUGCUUGGAGUUUAUGACUUGGACAGCACUAAAGAGGAAAGGGAGCUCCUAAGAACCCAGAAAAGGUAUGUCUGUCCGAAUUCAAGGAAAGAGUAUGAGAAACUCAGGAGACAGUGCCGGAGAAUCCUUAGGCGAAGUUCCGAGACCUUCAAAUUGUGUGAAAAUGGUGAAACAGUCGACAAUGAAGAAGAUGGUGGAAGUUCUGCUCAUGAUACUGACUCUUCGAGUCACGAGGAUGUGGUCAGUGCCCGGGAGUCCCUUUCUAGUGAAGGAAAGAGUCCAGAUGUUGAAUAUUCAAUUGAUCCAUGUACCACACUUUCAGAAGGUGCUGAUGCCUCUGCACAAAAUACUGAGUCGUCUGACGACUCUGAAUUAUCCGAAGAUUCUGAAGUCAUUCAGGCAUCUGCUCCAGAAAACAGGGAAGAUAAUGAUGAUGUGCAUGUUUCUUCCAAAGUUGAUACUUCUCCAUCACUUCCAACUCGCUGUGCUGUUGAAGAUUUCGCCACAUGGCAACGAAUAAUUCGUGUUGAUGCAGUGCGUGCCAACUCAGAGUGGGUCCCUUACUCCCCUUCUCAGGCUUCCGUAUCUGAAGUCAGAGCCCAGCGCUCAGCUGAGGCAGUCGGGUUAAAAGAACACGAUCACCUUGAGCCAUGCAGAGUUUUCCAUGCAGCAAGACUAGUUGCCAUAUUAGAGGCUUAUGCACUCUACGACCCUGAAAUUGGUUAUUGCCAAGGGAUGAGCGAUCUACUCAGCCCAAUCAUUGCAGUGAUGCAAGAAGAUCACGAAGCCUUCUGGUGUUUUGUCGGAUUCAUGAAGAAGGCUCGACAUAACUUUAGGCUUGAUGAGGUAGGCAUCCGAAGGCAGCUGAGCAUUGUCUCCAAGAUUAUCAAAUUUAAGGACUCACACCUCUACAGACAUCUGGAGAAGCUUCAGGCUGAGGAUUGUUUCUUCGUUUAUAGGAUGGUUGUGGUGUUAUUUAGGAGGGAGUUGAGUUUUGAGCAGACGCUUUGUCUGUGGGAGGUCAUGUGGGCAGAUCAGGCUGCUAUAAGAGCUGGGAUCGGGAAGUCAGCAGGGAGCAGAAUUAGGCAGAGAGUGCCUCCGACGGAUGAUCUGUUGCUCUAUGCUAUCGCAGCUUCAGUGCUGCAGAAGAGGAAGUUGAUAAUCGAGAAGUACAGUAGCAUGGAUGAGAUUCUGAGGGAGUGCAAUAGCAUGUCGGGUCAACUUGAUGUGUGGAAGCUUUUGGAUGAUGCACAUAACUUGGUGGUCAACUUGCAUGAGAAGAUCGAGACAUGAUUCGAGCUGAGUGACACAUCUGCUGCUUGCUCCACUGAUUUAUUUGUUUUUCUUUUCUGGAGUUCUUCUAAAGGAUCAUCUAAGCCUCAGCAGGGAAUCUAGAAGGCUGGAAACGCUCUUGGCCGGUUCCUGAUGUUCUUUUGAGCAUGUUUUUAUGGCAGUUGCAUGCAAUGCUUGUAAAGGAAACCCCACUAUGAUUUUUUUUAUGCAUCAGUUGCUCCUCCUGGAAUGUUUCUAUGCUGCUUUCUAAUGUUUGAAAGUAGGUAUAGCCUGCAUUCCGAGCCAGUAUGAUCGUGUACUGGGGACUGAUUUAAGAAGGAAACAUUAUGUACUACGGGACUAUGAAUACCAACACACUGAUUGCUGAAUUCCCAAUCGUUUCACCCCCUUCAAUAUUUCCCAAAGAACAUGGCUGCUGGAACGCAUUUGAAUUGUCCUAUCAUUUGUUAGAGUGCGUAUAGGUGUAAUAUCAUGAAUAUUUGUUCGAUUGGCAAUUUUAUCUUUGGGUUGAAUCUGAGAUCACUGGUAGAAUGCAAAUAGAAACACUUGCAGGUGUGCGGAGGGAGAAAGGCUAGAGGUAAGGUGAGCUAUGCCAAAGUGAAGGUGAGAACUACAUGCCUGUGAUAGGUAAUGGAUUUGAAACCUCCUACAUUAUUCCUCCUCUCCAACUGCUUGAUUAUUGGAAGCUAUGUACUUUCCCCAUAGUUCGCUCCUUGCGA